AUCGUGAUAGCUGGAUUGACGGUGCCUUUCUGCGUUUUCUUUUUUCUACAGUUUCAAACCAGAGACCGAGAAGGCAUGGAGGCAGGCCUGGAAGUUAUGAUGGAGGGAACAGGGAUGGAGAAGGGGCAAGUGAGGGCCAUUGGUAUUGAUUUGGGAACAAGCUACUGUUGUGUUGGGGUAUGGCAGCCGCAGCAUAACAUGGCUGAGAUCAUUGUUAAUGAGCAAGGAAACAGAACCACUCCUUCCAUGGUUGCUUUUACUGCCUCCCAGAGACUUAUUGGCGAUGCUGCUAAGAACCAGAUUGCAACCAAUCCUCUCAACACUGUCUUUGACGCCAAGCGACUCAUUGGAAGGCGAUUCUCUGAUCCUUGUGUGCAACAGGACAUAAUAUUAUGGCCUUUUGUUAUCGAAGAGGUGAAUGAUAAGCCUCUCAUCCAAGUCACUUACAAAGGAGAAACUAAGUUAUUUGCCCCUGAAGAGAUCUCAGCCAUGCUGCUCAUGAAAAUGAAGACCAUUUCUGAAAGUUAUCUUAAGUGUGAGGUGAAGAAUGCAUUUAUUACUGUGCCUGCUUAUUUUAAUGAUGCCCAGAAGAGGGCCACAAAGGAUGCUAGUGUGAUUGCAGGCCUCAAUGUCAUGCGAAUAAUUAAUGAGCCAACGGCUGCAGCUAUAACUUACGGCUUCCAUGAUGUAUUUACAGGAGAAAGAAGCGUUCUCGUCUUCGAUUUGGGUGGAGGUACAUUUGAUGUCUCAGUUUUAUCUGUUCAAAAGGGUUUGAUUGCCGUCAAGGCUGUUAGAGGGGAUAUGCAUCUAGGAGGUCAAGAUUUUGACAACAGAAUGCUUAAUUUCUGUGUUCAAAAGUUUAACACAAAAUACAAGUUGGAUAUGAGUAGGAGUGCCAAAGCUCUCCGAAGGCUUCGUUCAGAAUGCGAGAGAGCAAAGAGGAGUUUGUCCUCCGAGAUCGAGACUGUCAUCGACAUUGACUGUCUUUACGAGAGACAUGAUUUUUUUAUUAAGUUUAGGAGAGCCAAGUUUGAGGAGCUGAACACCGACUUAUUUCAGAAGUGCAUAGAAAUAGUGAGAGAAUGCCUACAGGAUGCCCAAAUGACCAACGACCAAAUCGACGAUAUUGUAUUAGUGGGAGGUUCGUCGCGUAUACCAAAGUUGCAGGAAUUACUCAGACAAAAUUUUGGACAGAAAAAGCUAUGCAAUAAAGUAAACCCUGACGAGGCUGUUGCUUAUGGUGCGGCUGUGCAGGCGGCGGCAUUGAACAAUGAAGACGUGACCCUAAAGCUCACUGAUGUUACACCUUUGAGUCUUGGAACUGAAAUUAAGGGUGGUGUCAUGACCGCAAUUGUUCUGCGAAAUACCCCAAUUCCCACUCAGAGGGAGAAAUAUUUCACUACAGCCUGUGAUAAUCAAACUAAGACGAGUAUUCCUAUCUAUGAAGGAGAGAGGCCAUUGGCCGCACAAAAUAAUUUGUUAGGUGAAUUUAAAUUGAGUGGAAUUCCACAGGCCAGAUCUGGGGUGCCAAAAAUUAAGAUUUGCUUCAAAAUAAGCGAGGAUGGCAUUCUCACAGCCUCUGCAGAAGACGAGGUUAGCGGAGCAAAUGAAGAGAUCACAAUAACCAAUGCCGGUGGAAGACUUAACAGAGAGGAGAUCGAUAAAAUGAUAGCUGAUGCAGAGAAAUUUAAAGAGGAUGACAAAAAAGUUGAAAAGAAGAAUCUGGCCAGGAAGAGUCUGGAAUACUAUAUUUACAACAUGAGAAGCAGGGUAACGAAGGCUAAGAUCAAACAGCAUAUUAAGGCAUCUGAUGCAGAGGACAUCCUAUCGAAACUGAAUAGUGCUCAAGAAUGGUUGGAUGACAAUGAGGAGGCAGAAGCUUCUGAAUUUGAAAAAGAGUUGAAGGAGCUUCAGAUUGAUCGGUUGCCCCCUUUUACUAGGAAUCUGUGAGAAAAUAUGUUGGUGAAGAUAAAAGCAGCUAUCUUCAGAGAUACAGGUUUACAUGCGUAUACCUAGUCUUGUUUUUUGCGAAGAAAUAAGGAGAUAUCUCGGGAGAAAAGUAAUAUAUAUAGUCUUAUUUUUAAUUCUAAUUUACUAAAUUUAUGUGAGAAACAGGGGAGUGCAGAUAUAAGAACAGAGCAAACACAAAACAGGGCAGACAAAAUGAAAGCCAAAUUUUUAUUCAUUUAUUAAUAUUUUUCAUUCAUCACUCAACUGAUUAUAAUUGCCUCUUUUUUAUGGAGGUCUUUAGAUCUUUCUGGAAGCUCGAAGCUGGAGGUAGCUGGAAGAAACAUCCAGAACAAUAAUAUAAAAUUAUAUUUCAUAUUACUCAUAAAGUGUGCGAUGCCAGUUGAUGAGACAACGAAUUGAUUGGAGGAGUAAAUGAAAAUAUGUUUGAAUAAGCCAAAAAUCUAUCUUUAAUGCUGCUUCUAUUUAAUGUUAUAGAUUGAUUGCACAUACAGAGGAUGUUGAGAUGACAAGAAGACAGUGGAUAGUUGAGAUUAUUUCCAACACUCUCUUUUAAUCACAA